AUGGCUGUUUCUUCUGCCAAUGCUGUGAUACGGACUCAACAAGGAUGGCGUAGGCUUAUCAAACCUUAUUUAUUUUCAACACUUGCAAUCGGUACAAGUGUAACAUUAGGUGAUUUUAUAUGUCAAUAUUUAGAAAGACAUAAACAUAGAAAAGAAGAUGUUAUUCCACGAACAUCAUUAUCUUCUGCAUUACCAUGGUGGAAUAGUGAACGUUCUUUGAUUAUGUGUACAUCAGCUGUUCUCGUCUCAACACCUUGGAAUUUUGCACUUUCAAGAACAGUUGAACGAUUAUUUCCAGGUAAACAAGGUAUACAAAUUGCGAAGAAAAUGUUAACGAAUACAUUAACUGCACCUAUUGGUAUAAGUCUUAUCUUUACAACUAUUACCCUUUUGAAAGGUCAAAGUAUUAGUGAAGCAAAAAUAAAAGUUAGAACUGAUAUGCCAAAAACUUUUCUAGCUGGAUCAUGUUAUUGGCCAUUUGUUUCAUUUAUUAAUUUUCGUUUUGUACCAUUGGAUUAUCGACCAUUUCUUGGUAGUCUAGCUGGAGCUAUAUGGAAUAUUUACAUUUCAUCUGUUGCUAAUACAACAACUGAUAUUGAACAACCAUCAGAAAUAACAUUAACAAAUUUAAUAUCUGAAACAGGUGGAACAACAAUACCAACAUUAGAAAAAGCUUGGAAUAUUUUAGAUCAGAAUAAAAAAGAUCUCUAA